AUGGUUAAAAAUGUCACUGACACUUAUGAGAAUGAAGGAGAUGAGAACGAAGAAGAUGGGAACGAAGGAGAUGUAAACGAAGGAGAUGAGAACGAAGGAGAUGAGAACGAAGGAGAUGUGAACGAAGGAGAUGAGAACGAAGGAGAUGAGUACGAAGGAGAUGAGAACGAAGGAGAUGAGUACGAAGGAGAUGGGAACGAAGGAGAUGAGUACGAAGGAGAUGAGAACGAAGGAGAUGGGAACGAAGGAGAUGAGUACGAAGGAGAUGAGUACGAAGGAGAUGAGUACGAAGGAGAUGGGAACGAAGGAGAUGAGUACGAAGGAGAUGAGUACGAAGGAGAUGGGAACGAAGGAGAUGAGAACGAAGGAGAUGUGAACGAAGGAGAUGAGAACGAAGGAGAUGUGAACGAAGGAGAUGAGAACGAAGGAGAUGAGUACGAAGGAGAUGAGAACGAAGGAGAUGGGAACGAAGAAGAUGUGAACGAAGGAGAUGUGAACGAAGGAGAUGUGAACGAAGGAGAUGAGAACGAAGGAGAUGAGAACGAAGGAGAUGAAAACGAAGGAGAUGGGAACGGAGGAGAUGGGAACGAAGGAGAUGAGAACGAAGGAGAUGGGAACGGAGGAGAUGGGAACGAAGGAGAUGAGAACGAAGGAGAUGGGAACGAAGGAGAUGGGAACGAAGGAGAUGAGAACGAAGGAGAUGUGAACGAAGGAGAUGAGAACGAAGGAGAUGAGUACGAAGGAGAUGAGAACGAAGGAGAUGAGAACGAAGAAAAUGUGAACGAAGGAGAUGCGAACGAAGGAGAUGAGAACGAAGUAAAUGAGAACGAAGGAGACUUCUUCGAAUCUGGCCUGUUUCAGGAAAUGUACAUCGACUAUAUAGUAAGGGAACAUUUCAACUCAUUCAAACUAGAGGUGUUACAAAGUGAAACUGGAAUACGAUUUAAUGAAUUGGAAGAGAUCUGUUAUGAAAACGGAGCAACUCCUGCACUUUUGCUUACCAAGGAGGUCAAUCUAAAGGCUCAUAAAUUGAUGACUUCUGAAGGAGUAUCCGAUGCCUGGAUUGGUCUAAUUUACAAUCACUCCUCUAGUCAACUCUCCUGGGGCAAUUCUUCGAGCACUGGGAUGUAUUUCAACAGUUCCAAGUACUACAUGAACAAUCUGAGAUCGUUUAAUUGUGAUAACUGUAACCUUCGAUAUUCUUACAGCCCUGCUAUUCUUCACCAGAAUGGUUCUUGGGAGUUAGUUGAUGGAGAUUAUUUGUCCGGAGCUGUUCUUUGCAUGGAUAUCGAAAGUGAAGUCGCGGGGAGUUUUAUGGGAAAUUUCUUUCUUUACGAAGUCCCACACGCCUUGGAAUUUGAUAUAUUGUUCUUGAAGGAGCCAGCAAAUUGGAUUAUUGCGGCUGAAAUGUGUUCCCAAACCUUCGGAAUUUCCUUCCUUUCUCCUGUUGUAACGCCUUACCUUCAAAGAAAAGUGGACGAUCUAUUGAAAGCUACUAGACCUGUUCCCGAUCUUGCCUGGACAGGAUUGAUUUUCACCGAUAAGGGGCUCCUGGCUCGUUACUACAAUUUCUCAUAUACUGGGGAGGAUAUUGAUUUGCGACUACACGAAAAGUCAAGAGAGGUUAUGGAUUUGGUGACUAGAGGAGAAAUUGAUGCUGCCCCUGUUGCAAUAACCUCAGAGGGAUUGUUCGUUGUUCUGCAUCUAAACAGUACUGUGGAAGCAGUCAUCUGCAGCACAAUAAACCCAGACCUCUUGAGGCUCAAGGAAGACCCAGGUAUAGGAUGA